AUGGAUGAUUUUUCUGUUUAUGACUCUUCUUUUGAUGCAUAUUUGGAAAGCUUGUCUCGAGUUUUGAGUAGAUGUAUCGACAUGGAUUUGGUUUUAAAUUUUGAAAAGUGUCACUUUAUGGUAGAGAAUGACAUUGUUUUAGGUCAUAUAGUCUCUAGGAAAGGCAUUGAAGUAGAUCCUGCUAAAUUUAGCGUUAUAUCUUCUUUAACUUACCCCGCAUGCAUGCGGGAGGUUCGAGUUUUUCUUGGUCAUGCAGGAUUCUACAGGAGAUUUAUUAAGGACUUCAGUAAGAUUGCUCUGCCAUUGUCUCAGCUACUUCAGAAGGAUGUUAUGUUUGAUUUCGAUCAGAGGUGUAUAGAGGCGUUCGACAGAUUGAAGGAGGCACUUACUUCAGCACCUAUUAUCAGACCCCCAUAUUGGUCCUUACCUUUUGAGUUGAUGUGUGACACUUCAGAUUAUGCAGUGGGAGCUGUAAUGGCACAAAGAGUGGAUGGAGCACCACAUGUUAUUUGCUACGCUUCCAAGAAUUUGGAUUCAGCUCAAGCAAACUACACAACAACAGAAAAAGAGCUUCUUUCUAUUUAUCUCCUCAAGAAGCCUGAUGCAAAGCCUAGAUUAAUCAGAUGGAUGCUUCUGCUUCAAGAAUUCGACGUAGAGAUACGUGAUAGGAGCGGGAAGGAGAACUUGGUUGCAGAUCACUUGAGCAGGAUUGAAGGAGACUUGGAUCAUACGACUAUUGAUGAUGAUUUCAGGGAUGAGCAGCUUCUACAGCUGCAGGUUGAUUAUGUUUCCAAAUGGGUGGAGGUCAUUCCCACUCAGACUGAUGACUCCUCUGUUGUUGUUAGCUUUGUCAGGUCUCACAUAUUUUGCAGGUUUGGAGUACCCAGGGCGAUCAUAAGUAAUCAAGGGUCUCAUUUUUGUAACAGACACAUGAAGGCUUUGCUAUAUAAGUAUGGGGUUACACACAAAGUUUCUACAUCCUAUCACCCUCAAACAAAUGGGCAAGCAGAAGUGUCUAACAGUGAGGUGAAAUCAAUUCUUGAAAAGAUUGUGAGACCGGAUAGAAAGGAUUGGAGCAAAAGACUUGAAGAUGCACUAUGGGCUUAUAGGACUGCUUUCAAGACCCCUAUAAGAAUGUCUCCAUACAGGAUUGUGUAUAGAAAAGCUUGUCAUUUACCCAUGGAGAUUGAGCAUAGGGCAUAUUGGGCGGUUAAAGCAUGCAAUCUUGAUAGUGGCACGGUUGGAGAAGAAAGGAAAUUGCAACUUCAAGAACUUGAAGAGAUUAGAUUGGAAGCCUAUGAGAACUCACGGAUUUAUAAAGAAAAGAUCAAGAGAUUUCAUGACAAACAAAUUGAGGUGAAAGACUUCCAAAUUGGUGACAAAGUACUUCUAUAUCGAUCUCGUCUCAAAUUGAUUAAAGGUAAGUUGAGAUCAAGAUGGGAAGGACCUUAUUGUGUUACUAAUAUUUUCUUUUAUGGAGUGGUUGAGAUCCAGGAUAUGUCUACUGGCCGGAUUUUCAAGGUGAAUGGACAUAGGCUUAAAAAGUUUCAUGAAGGAGUUAAGGGCUUGGUGGUGGAGGAAAUGGAACAUAUUGAUGCUAUCUACCCGAGCUAA